AUGAGCGGCAAAAAGAAGACCAUCUUCAACGGAGAGCUCAUCAACGAGGCCCAGAAGGUCUCCAAGGAGUGGGUCUUCGCCUGGUCCUUCGGCGCCCACCUCCUUCGGGUGGGGAUAAACUUCGAGGAGUACGGGCUCGUCAUCGACGGGAUUCCCUUCAAGAACUUCAGCCGCAGAGACCCGUACCUGGCGGCCCAGCUGGAGGCCACGAAGCGCGACAGCAUGAGGAGCCUCCAGACCGACGAGAAGAGGCGUUUCGACAGGCUGGGGUUCGGCGGCGAAUCCGGAGGGGGCGGAGGACGGUCGAGGGCGGCGGAGCGUAGGGGCAGCGGCAACUCCAACUCCAGCAGCCGGGACGGCGGCGACAGCGGCAGCCUGCGCAGGGCCUCGAGCAACGGGCGCGGCGGCUACGACCGAGACCAGGAGGGCGGCGGCGGCGGGCGGCAGCGCCGCCGGGAGUCGGAGGAGGAACGCGCCCGUAGCGCUACCCGGAGGUCGAGUUCGAUCGAGGGCAGGAGGAGGUCGUCCCCUCCGGCUCAUCACUCUUCGUCGACCAGAAGAAUGCAGGCUCCUCCUUCUGCUUCCGGCCCCGGGGGAGACCAGCGGAGAGGGAGCCAGGGCGGCGGCGGCAGAAGUGGCGGCGGCAAGCCGAGGGCGGCGAAGCCUGCGGCCGCGCCGGCGGUGGCUAACGACAUCCUCUCGGCCGAUCCUUCCACUCUUGAGGUGAACCCCUUCGACGUGGCCCAAGUGCCGGCGGCGAGCUUCGACCCUCUCACCAACGGCAGAGGCACUGGGGGGGCGGGGAUGGCGGCACCAGCUGGAGGCGGCGGCCACGCCAACGGCGGCGGUGGCGGCGGCGGGGCGUGGGGUGGGGGAGGCGCGGAUUCGGCCGCGGUGUUGCAACUGGGGAUGCAGUUCGAGGAAUAUGCGGGCCAGUCGCGAUCGUCGCCCUCUCGUGGUCGACAGUGCUCAGCCGGCCGGCCUCCCGUAAGAUCAAAGACCAUUAAGAUUUAG